AAGGACUCAAAAGAUGACAAAGCGUGAGAGCUGGAAGGCAGCUGUAACCAGCGUAGUCCUUCCUACCUCCCUUUCCACAGAGGAGAAAAUUGAGGCCCUCGUUUGGGUUUUCCAGCGUCCGGGGUUUCCCAGUCUCGUCCCUCAAGCCCCCAGGGGCCACUCCUGCGUCUCUAGCCCGCCACCAUUCCCGGACGCUCCCACCCGGGCCACAGGCUAAGGCUGCCUGGGAGUCCCGGGGGACCCCGCCGUCGGGGCGGCACCUACGCGCGCAGCACCGCCCCGCCUCGCCGCCGGGGGUCCGGCCGCGGCCGCCGCUGCGCACUCGCCGGGAAGCCCGCGGCCGAGGGCGGAGGCGGGGAGGGAGCCGGGCGGCAGGGAGGGGUGCUGGCGCGAGCUCGCGCGCUGUGUAUGGUCUAUCGCAGGCAGCUGACCUUUGAGGAGGAAAUCGCUGCUCUCUGCUCCUUCCUGUAGUAACAGCCGCCGCCGCCGCCUCGCCAGGAGCCCGGGGCUGGAGUGAGAGCCGCAGCCCGAGAACCGGCCCCGCCGCCGGACGACUCGACCCACCAGGUGAUCGACCAUGGCGGGCUGGAUCCAGGCCCAGCAGCUGCAGGGAGAUGCCUUGCGCCAGAUGCAGGUGCUCUAUGGGCAGCACUUCCCCAUCGAAGUCCGCCACUACUUGGCUCAGUGGAUUGAGAGCCAGCCGUGGGAUGCCAUCGAUUUGGACAAUCCCCAGGAUCGAGCCCAGGCCACCCAGCUGCUGGAGGGCCUGGUGCAGGAGCUGCAGAAGAAGGCUGAGCACCAAGUGGGAGAAGAUGGGUUUUUACUGAAGAUUAAGCUGGGGCACUACGCCACGCAGCUCCAGAACACAUAUGACCGCUGCCCCAUGGAGCUGGUCCGCUGCAUCCGGCACAUUUUGUACAACGAACAGAGGCUGGUCCGAGAAGCCAACAAUUGCAGCUCUCCUGCUGGGACCCUGGCUGACGCCCUGUCCCAGAAGCACCUUCAGAUCAACCAGACAUUUGAAGAGCUGCGACUCAUCACACAGGACACAGAGAACGAGCUGAAGAAGCUCCAGCAGACUCAAGAGUACUUCAUCAUCCAGUAUCAGGAGAGCCUGAGGAUCCAAGCCCAGUUUGCCCAGCUGGCCCAGCUGAACCCCCAGGAGCGGCUAAGCCGGGAGACAGCUCUUCAGCAGAAGCAAGUCUCACUGGAGGCCUGGCUGCAGCGCGAGGCCCAGACUCUGCAGCAGUACCGCGUGGAACUAGCGGAGAAGCAUCAGAAGACCCUGCAGUUGCUGAGGAAGCAGCAGACCAUCAUCCUGGAUGACGAGCUGAUCCAGUGGAAGCGGCGGCAGCAGCUGGCUGGGAAUGGAGGCCCCCCCGAGGGCAGCCUGGACGUGCUGCAGUCCUGGUGUGAGAAGCUGGCCGAGAUCAUCUGGCAGAACCGGCAGCAGAUCCGCAGAGCCGAGCACCUGUGCCAGCAGCUGCCCAUCCCGGGCCCCGUGGAGGAGAUGCUGGCGGAGGUCAAUGCUACCAUCACGGACAUCAUCUCAGCCCUGGUGACUAGCACAUUCAUCAUCGAGAAGCAGCCCCCUCAGGUCCUGAAGACCCAGACCAAGUUUGCAGCCACCGUGCGCCUGCUGGUGGGCGGGAAGCUGAACGUGCACAUGAACCCGCCCCAGGUGAAAGCAACCAUCAUCAGCGAGCAGCAGGCCAAGUCUCUGCUCAAAAACGAGAACACCCGCAACGAGUGCAGUGGGGAGAUCCUGAACAACUGCUGUGUGAUGGAGUACCACCAAGCCACAGGCACCCUCAGCGCUCACUUCAGAAACAUGUCCCUGAAGAGGAUCAAGCGAGCUGACCGGAGAGGCGCAGAGUCUGUGACGGAGGAGAAAUUCACGGUGCUGUUUGAGUCUCAGUUUAGCGUUGGCAGCAAUGAGCUGGUGUUCCAGGUGAAGACCCUGUCCCUCCCCGUGGUUGUCAUUGUUCACGGAAGUCAGGACCACAAUGCCACUGCCACUGUGUUGUGGGACAACGCCUUUGCUGAGCCGGGCAGGGUGCCAUUCGCCGUGCUGGACAAAGUGCUCUGGCCGCAGCUGUGCGAGGCGCUCAACAUGAAGUUCAAGGCAGAAGUGCAGAGCAACCGGGGCCUGACCAAGGAGAACCUCGUGUUCCUGGCGCAGAAACUCUUCAACAGCAGCAGCAACCACCUGGAGGACUACAGCAGCAUGUCCGUGUCCUGGUCCCAGUUCAACAGGGAGAACCUGCCGGGCUGGAACUACACCUUCUGGCAGUGGUUUGAUGGAGUGAUGGAGGUGCUCAAGAAGCAUCACAAGCCCCAUUGGAACGAUGGGGCUAUCCUGGGCUUUGUGAAUAAGCAGCAGGCCCAUGACCUGCUCAUCAACAAGCCCGAUGGGACCUUCUUGCUGCGCUUUAGUGACUCAGAGAUCGGAGGCAUCACCAUUGCCUGGAAAUUUGACUCUCCUGACCGCAACCUGUGGAACCUGAAGCCAUUCACUACGCGGGAUUUCUCCAUCCGGUCCCUGGCUGACCGCCUGGGGGACCUGAGCUAUCUCAUCUACGUGUUCCCUGACCGACCCAAGGACGAGGUCUUCUCCAAGUACUACACUCCAGUGCUAGCUAAAGCCAUUGACGGAUACGUGAAGCCGCAGAUCAGACAGGUGGUCCCUGAGUUUGUGAACGCAUCUGCAGACUCCGCCGGGGGCAGCGCCACGUACAUGGACCAGGCCCCGUCCCCCGCCGUGUGCCCCCAGGCUCACUAUAACAUGUACCCUCAGAACCCUGACCCUGUCCUCGACCAGGAUGGAGAGAUCGACCUGGAUGAGACCAUGGAUGUCGCCAGACACGUGGAGGAACUCUUACGUCGCCCGAUGGACAAUCUGGGCACUUCCCUUACUCCCCCAGAUGGCUUUUUCACCACUGCCAGGGGCUCACUCUCCUGA